CUUAGACUGUUCUAUAGUAUUUUGUUAUAGCAGCUCAAACAAGCUAAAAUAGUUACUAACCUUUUUUUUUUUCACCAGAACCUAACUAAGGUAGAUACUAUUUUUAUCUUCAUUUUGCCCCUAAGGAAACUCGGCUAAGUAGGUAAAUGUAACUGGAGAUACACUAGAUGAGAAAACUGAUAAGCUGUCAGAAGUGCAGACAAUGCCAAGUGAACAUGCCUGCUUUUCUUGCUAAGGUGACCCAUCCUCCUAGUUCUCCUAGGAAUGUCCUGGUUUUCGUACUGAAAAUCCUGCAUCCUGGGAAAACCAGGACAAACUGUCACCCUGUCCUACCCAGAAAACUGUAAGUAAGACAUUAGACACUUCAUGCAAUCAGAUCCCUGGCCAUCGAAAAUGCAAUGACCAAAACCUGGGGGAUGGGGUUUAGAAUCUAAAGCUAUCAAGUUACAUAAUACCUGCUUGAUGCACCCACCCAGCUUCCUUCAAAGGAAUGCUGAAACAGGAAGUCAUUAAUAAGCUGAAAAGGAGCCGGCGCCCAGAGAUGCAGUCCCCAGAGAUGCGGUCCGUGGUCUGACCCUGGGAGAUAAAGAUGCUGGGUUCAAAGCUCAAGUGGAGAACACAUCGACUUCAAAGGCAGAGGGAAUCGACGGUGCUCCCCAGCUUUGGGCUCUUCCUCUGCUGAAGAUGUGUACAAAGAUGGUCCAAGUCCUUUGGGGAUGUUUCCUCCUGUGGAAUGUCUACAUCUCAUCUGCGUGGACCACACACCCUGGAAUCAAGGCAAGGGCUACUCAGCGGGCUCUGGACUAUGGCGUUCAAGCUGGGAUGGAGAUGAUUGAGCAAAUGGCCAAAGAAAGAAGCAUUCCAGAUUUAAAAGGUUCUGAAUCUCUUGAAUUUCUGAAGGUUGAUUAUGUGAACUACAAUUUCUCAAACAUAAAAAUCAAUGCCUUUUCAUUUCCCAACACGUCAUUAGCCUUUGUGCCGGGCGUGGGAAUCAAGGCCCUGACCAACCACGGCACGGCCAACAUCAGCACAAACUGGGAAGUCAAGUCGCCACUUUUCCAAGACUCAGGAGGAGCUGAUCUGUUUCUCUCUGGGGUCUACUUCGCGGGUAUCCUUACCCUGACCCGAAAUGACUUGGGUCAGCCAAACCUGGAGCUCCAAGACUGCCACGCCCAAGUGAGCCACGCCCACGUCUCGUUUUCUGGAGAACUCAGUGUCCUGUAUAACUCCUUUGCUGAGCCCAUGGAAAAACCCAUUUUAAAGAACUUAAAUGAAAUGCUCUGUCCCAUUAUCACGGGAGAGGUGGAAGCACUGAAUGCCAAUCUCAGCAUGCUGGAGGUUUUAACCAAGAUUGACAACUAUACCCUGCUGGAUUAUUCGCUAAUGAGUUCCCCAGAAAUUACUGAGAACUACAUUGACCUGAAUUUGAAGGGCGCAUUCUACCCACUGGAAAACCUCGCCGACCCCCCCUUCUCCCCAGUGCCUUUUGAGCUCCCAGAACGCAGCGACUCUAUGCUCUACAUUGGAAUCUCCGAAUAUUUCUUUAAAUCUGCUUCCUUCGCUCAUUUUGCAGCUGGGGCUUUCAAUGUCACUCUCUCCACAAAAGAGAUUUCCAGCCAUUUGGUUCGAAACUCUCAAGGCGUUGGCAACAUUCUCUCCCGGAUUGCGGAGAUCUACAUCUUGUCCCAGCCCUUCAUGGUUCGGAUCAUGGCCACGGAGCCUCCCGUGAUCAGUUUACUACCAGGCAACUUCACCCUGGACAUCCCUGCUUCCAUCAUGUUACUCACCCAGUCUGAGAACUCCACUGCUGAGACCAUCGUUUCCAUGGACUUUGUUGCUAGCACCAGUGUCGGCCUGGUUAUUCUGGGACAAAGGCUGAUCUGCUCCCUGUCUCUGAACAGGUUCCGCCUCUCUUUGCCAGAGUCCAAUCGCGACAAUAUCGAGGUCUUGAGGUUUGAAAAUAUCUUGUCCUCCAUUCUCCACUUUGGCGUCCUCCCACUGGCCAACGCAAAAUUGCAGCAAGGAUUUCCUCUGCCCAGCCCACACAAAAUCUCAUUCGUCAAUUCAGACAUUGAAGUCCUUGAGCAUUUCCUUUUGAUUUCCACCGACCUGAAGUAUGAAACGCCCUUAAAACGGCAACCAAGUUUCUACGGUUGGGAAGGUCUGAAUCUCAUAAAUGGACAGUGGAUGGACAAAUCAGUGCCCUGAUUGCUGGUUUGGAGUCCACUCCAGGAAGUCACUGGCGCUUAAUCCCACCGACUGUCAACUGAGAAGGAGAAAACAGUGCACGCUGGAGUCUUAAAGUUCCUGUGGAGUGCCUAGGUUGAAAAUUUUCCUUCUCGAGCCCUCUGCGACAGAGGGAGCAAACUGGGUUAAAGAGUUAAACCAGGAUGUGUGUGUCUCUGUGCAUGUGUAGGGAGGAUCAUUUGAAUGUGUGUUCAUGUUUCAAUGCAUGUUGUGUGUUUCUGUGUUUAUAAGAUUCUGUGAACAAGAGCUAGGCCUGUGCUUCUGAAGAGGUGUGUGAGAAACGUGUAAGGACAAGAUUUGAAUUGGUGUCGUCAGUGGAGAUCCCUUCAGCCCUUUCAGCUCUCGAGGGUUCUCCCCCUCCCUGUAUGUUGGAUUUUGUGUUUUAUAUUUACUGCUACUGUCCCCUGUAUUUAAUUAAAAUUGUUUUCUAUCGAUGUCAACCUUGUCUUUUUCUUUGCAAAAUUUCCUGUCCCUUUGAAAAAUAAAAU